AUCGUGUGACAGCUCUCUGUGCCCACACAGAGGAAAGCACUGCGGUGAAGAUCCUCAUUCAGCAGUGCUUCCGCGUGUAGCCUGCAUCACCCAGAUGAUUUGCGAAAAAAAGCUUGUGUACUCAGGAACUUUUCUCUGACGUGUUUCCCCCCUUGUGUCUCUUUCGAACCAUUCAACACUUCCAACAUGACUUGUCGCCCCGCAAUUAGGACCGCUCUCUGUAAAGCUCGACUAGUCUUAAUGUAACCAGAUAUUUAGCCUACAUUUUCUUUUUCAUUUCUACAAUUUAUUUAUGACUUUAUAAACGAUUGUUUACUGUAAUGCAUCACGUUCAUACAACCUCUGGGUGUACCUGGACUUCAGUGCUAGAUUGUGGUACCUAUGAUGAAAUUAAUGAACGUUUCUGUUUGGUUAAUAUCAAUGUCAGUGGUUUUGACAAUCAUAACGGCUCAUCCUUCGGACUUAAAACAUUGCGAUGGAUUUCUCAUUUCCAACACAACGUGCUGUAGGAAGUGUCCAGACGGUGAAUAUGGACUCAGCAGGAAAGAUUCUGAAUGUCCAGAGGAUACUGUGAUCUGGCACUGGGACCAACGCUGUGGGACAUUUAAGUACCCGGAGGCCUGCAGGGACUGUUCACGGUGUGACACGGAUAAUAACCAAGUUGAGAAGAAGGAAUGUAAAACCAAACACAACCGUGAAUGCAAAUGUAAAGAUGGAUUUGACAAUAAAGGAAGUGAUGGUAACCCUAUAUGCAUUGAGAACAAAACGAAAAGCAAAACAAAAACUAUAUGUAGUCGGGGUGAGUUCAUGGAUCAAAAUGGAAAGUGUGCACAUUGCCAAAGAGAACACUGUAGAAAACCAGAGUGUAACGGUACACACAUCUGUUCCGAAGAAGGAAAUGGAGUUGUUGAAAAAGAGCUGCCCAUCUGGCUGAUUGUGGUCACCCCGGUGAUGACUGUACUGCUGGGGAUCGUAUGCGUCGGCCUCAUGGUGACUGUUCAGCGCCGUAGAACACCCUUCCGGAAUGGUGAGGAAGUCAAUGGAAAGCUGCCUACUCAUCAUGACCAGAACGCAUUUCAAAUUAGACAGAUGCCCAUCACACGGUUGAACGGAGGAGAUCAUUCCUUUGAUCCUCUGUUGAAACCCAUUCCACGGGACAUGAUGGCAACAGCACCUGUUCUGGACGUCCCUGUGCAGCCUUCGGAGGACGGCCAGAUGAACACCUACCCCAAACUCCUGAUGACGAACGAGUGUAGGGAAGGUCUCUUCCCCUUGGCCCCUCUCCAGAACAGGCAGCAGCCUUAUGCCACCCAACACCACGAGCCUCAGGUGCUCUACGCCAUCAUCAAGGAGGUCCCCGUGCGGCGCUGGAAGGAGUUCCUGCGGCUGCUGUCGGUGCCGGACGAGGAGAUGGAGCGCGUGGAGCUGGAACCGGGCAUCUCCUACCUGGAGCGCCAGUACCAGAUGCUGCGCCUCUGGAGCCAGGGCAGGAACGCAGACCUCCGCCACAUAGACUCCACCCUUAGGGCCAUGAACCUGACCAGCUGCGCUGACAACGUGCAGGAAAAACUACAGGGGGUCUUACAAACCAUGCUGCUAUCGCCGACUGAACAAGCAUGACGAGAGAAUCUACUAUAUAUUCAGUUUUCGGAAUCAUUGGAGAAUGUUUUUUUCCCCUCAAAUAUCUGAGGAAAGA